AUGAGCAAUACACAACAAAACAUUUUUGAAACACAACCAAAUGAAAAUAAUGAAUUACCACCAGUAUUAAUAAGAGCAACUAAUCCAACAAUAGAAGAAGCAGCACCUAAGAAAACAAGAAAUCAAAAAGAUAAGAUGAAUCAGUAUAUUAAAAGACAACUAAAUGAUAAUUUGAAUGAUCUUAUGGAAGAUAUUAUUUCCGAGAAUAAACGAUUAAGAAAAGAAAUAGAGAAGAUAAGAAAUAUGUAUAAUCAAGAAAUGAAAACAAAUGAAGAAAUACGAAAUGGACUAUUAGAACAAAGACUAGAAUUUAUGGAAUUUGAUAAUUUUGAAGAUGAUAAUACAAAUGAAUAUAGAGAAGAAUAUGAAGAAUAUGAAGAUGAUGAUAUUGGAGAAGAAGAAAUAGAUAAAGAAAUUAAAGAAAGAUUAAGUAAUAUUAAAGGAGAGAAUCAAAUUAAAAAAGUUCAUCGACAAAUCUUCUUUUAUUAUAAUAGUUUUAAUAUUAUUAUUGGGAAACAAGGAGCAGGGAAAACAACAUUUAUAAUGAAAGAAUUAGCAAAACUCAAUAAAAUAGAACAUCAAUAUGAAGCGAUUAUUUAUGUAUCACAAAAUGCAGGAGAAGAUGAAACAUUUAAUCAACUUAAAGGACUUAUUAAAACACCAAUAUAUGGAAUGAAUUAUGAAAAAUUUAUGCCAGCAUUAAUGCAAUAUUAUAAACAACCACAAGAAAAACAUUUAAUAAUUAUAUUAGAAGAUGCAUCAUUUGCAUUAAUGAAAGAAGACAAAACAUGGGGAGAAAUUAUUACAAGAUUAAGACAUUUGAAAACAACAAUUAUUGUGAAUUUACAUAUAUGGAAGGCAUUAAAUGCAUCAUUUAAAACACAAAUUGCAACUAUUAUAAUAUUUAAAGGAUAUUCUAAAGAGAAUUUUGGAUAUAUUUAUAGACAAACAGCAGGAUCAGCUACAAAUUCUGUUGCAUAUUAUUUAUAUCAAAGUAUAAAUCAAAAUGAAGUAUUAAAAAUAGAUAAUUUAACAGGAGAUUUAAGAAUUAUAAAAAGAUAA